AUGUCCGAACAGCACGAGCAGUGGGGCGCACACUCUAAACUUGCACCGACAGCGUAUCAGCCUGGCGUUAGUGAGCCCUACGUGCCACCCAGCGGUCCGCCUCCUCCUUCUGGUUAUGGCCCUACCAAAGAGACCAUGGAUCCAUACGAAGGAGAUAGGUUCAAGCCAAGGAAGACGGUGAAUGAUCCACUGGUUCUACUUUUGUUCAUCGCUCAGUUCGCCGGGUUUGUCGUAGUAUCUGCACUUGCUCUUUCAACUUGGAUCUCCCAGGGUGGACUUGGCGGUGGUCUGGGGAGUGGCAACACGGGGACUUCCGUUACCUUGGACAGACAUACUGUGUAUCUUCUCCUCUUCGUUGCGGCCGCAGGCUUGGUCUUGUCCACUUUCUACCUUAUUCUUACACGACUAUUCACGACGCUGAUCAUGCACAUCACAUUGAUUCUCUCGAUCAUGUUAAACAUCGGUAUCUGUGCCUACUAUUGGGUCACAAAAUACUAUUCCGGCGCCAUUAUUUUCACCGUCAUCGCCAUCCUGUCAAUACUGUCCUACUUCGGGUUCCGGAGUCGUAUCCCUCUCGCAUCGCUUUUGUUGCAGGUUGUCAUGGAUGUUAGCAAGCAUCAUCCUGUGGUUUAUGUCGUCGCAUUUGUGGCUGUGCUUCUCCAAGCGGCUUGGAGCGUUUGGUACACCUUCACAAUCAUCGCAACGUAUGCGAAGUGGACUCCAGGUAAUCCAUGUAACCAAGGAACCUCUUGCUCCUCAAGCACCGUUGCAGGCCUCAUCUUCUUCCUCACGUUCUCCUACAUCUGGACGUCUAUGACCAUCGGAAACGUUGCACUUGCAACCCUCGCUGGAGGUCCUUUCGGUUGCUGGUACUAUUUCGGACCCCGCGCAUCCGAGGGAACGGGGGGAAUGAUGCCAAAGAAUCCAACUUUGACGGCAUUUGCGAGAGCGUCGACGCUUUCUUUGGGAUCUAUCGCCUUCGGAUCGUUAAUAGUGACGAUAUUGGAGGUGAUGAGAUUGAUACUCCAGGCAUUGAGGAAUAACUUGUACGAUUCGGAUCACCCGAUCAUGGCGGUUGUAGCAUGCUGUGCGGACUGUUUUGUAGGGUGCAUCGAGGGCAUCGUGCAGUAUUUCAACCGAUACGCUUAUAUCGAAAUCGCGUUAUACGGAAAGCCUUACGUUCAAGCCGCGAGAGACACAUGGUCCUUGUUAAAGGACAGAGGUGUCGAUGCACUCGUCAAUGACUCUCUCGUAGGAACCACAUUGACUUGGGGUGCAUACGCCAUCGGCAUGCUAUGCUCGCUCUUCGGCUACCUCUAUCUGCGGUACACGGAUCCCUCGUACAACAGUGAAGGGCAAUACACGGCACCGAUCUUGCUCUACUCUUUCCUCAUCGGCGCUCAGCUAGAACUCACCUUGUCUUCUGCAAUCCAAGCGGGCGUUUCCACUAUUUUCGUCGGUCUCGGCGAAGAUCCCGGUGUGCUGGCGAUACGUGCUCCAGCAUUGUUCGGGAUGAUUGCGGACAGGUACCCUCAGGUCGUUUCUGGCGUUCCACGCGUUUGA